AUGUCGAGACAGGUGCCGCUCGAGCGGACACGGAACAUUGGCAUCAUGGCCCACAUCGAUGCCGGCAAGACGACGACGACCGAAACGGGUGCUGUUCUAUACCGGCAUCACCUACAAGAUAGGCGAGGUGCACGACGGAACCGCGGUGAUGGACUGGAUGGCCCAGGAACAGGAGCGGGGCAUCACCAUCACCUCCGCCGCCACGACGUGCAUGUGGCGCGGCAACCGAAUCAAUAUCAUCGACACCCCGGGGCAUGUGGACUUCACGGCGGAAGUCGAACGAUCGCUGCGCGUGCUGGACGGCGCCGUGGCCGUGUUCGAUGCGGUGGGCGGCGUGGAGCCGCAAUCCGAGACGGUCUGGCGUCAGGCCGACAAGUACCGGGUGCCGCGCAUCUGUUUCGUGAACAAGAUGGACCGCGUGGGGGCCGAUUUCGGGCGUACGCUGACGCAGAUUCGCGAGAAGCUCCAGGCGAACCCGGUGGCGGUCCAGCUUCCGCUCGGGGCGGAAGACGGUUUCGCCGGCGUGAUCGAUCUGGUCGCCAUGAAGGCGGUUCGAUAUCGGGACGAAUCGCUCGGCGCCGAAUCGGUGCUCGAGGAGAUUCCGGUCGCCGCCUCGACGAGGCGACGGCGGCGCGAGAGGCGUUGAUCGAGAAGGUCUGCGAGGUCGAUGACCGGUUGCUCGAGAAGUACCUGCACGGGGAGCCGAUCGCGGCCGAGGAGAUCGUCCCAAUCCUGCGCCGGCGGACCAUCGAGUCGCUCGUGCCGGUGUUGUGCGGCAGCGCCUUCAGGAACAAGGGGGUGCAGCCCUUGAUCGAUGCGGUGGUCGACUAUCUGCCGUCGCCGGCUGAUAUUCCCGCCGUGACCGGGACGGCGCCCGAUGGCGAUACGGUGCUCGAGCGACCGGCCCGGGACGAGGCGCCGUUCUCGGCCCUGGCGUUCAAGAUCAUGACCGAUCCCUACGUCGGUCAGCUUGCCUUCAUACGCGUGUACUCCGGCGUGAUGGCCAGCGGAGCAACCAUCUACAACCCGCGGUUGGGCCGCCGGGAGCGUAUCGGCCGCCUGUUGAAGAUGCACGCCAACAAGCGGGAAGAUAUCCAGCAGGUCUACUCCGGUGACAUUGCCGCCGCGGUCGGACUGAAGACGGUGGGCACCGGCGACACGAUUUGCGAUCGCGCGCAUCCGGUCCUGCUCGAGACCAUGGAGUUUCCGACUCCGGUCAUCACGCUGGCGAUCGAGCCGAAGACCAAGGCGGACCAGGAGAAGCUCGGCCAGGGGUUGGCGAAGCUCACCACCGAAGAUCCGACGUUCCAGGUCCGGACCGAUGACGAGACCGGGCAGGUGGUGGUGUCCGGGAUGGGCGAGCUCCACCUGGAGAUCAUCGUCGACCGGCUUCGGCGGGAGUUCGGGGUGGCGGCGACGGUCGGCCGCCCGCAGGUCGCCUAUCGCGAGACCCUCACCAGGCCGGCGCUGGCGGAGGGACGAUACGUCAAGCAGACGGGCGGGCGCGGUCAGUACGGCCACGUCAAGCUGCGCGUCGUGCCCAGGCCGGCAGGGGACGGGUUCGUCUUCGAGAACCGCAUAUUCGGUGGUGCGAUCCCGAAGGAGUUCAUCGCGUCGGUCGAGGCGGGAGUGCGAGAGGCGGUGACGACCGGCAUUCUCGCCGGAUACCCCAUCGAGGAUGUGGUCGUCACGCUCCUCGACGGUUCCUCGCACGAUGUCGACUCGUCGGAAAUGGCGUUCAAGAUUGCGGGGUCGAUGGCAUUUCGGAAUGCCGCCCGUCAGGCCGUCCCGGUACUGCUGGAACCGAUCAUGAAGGUCGAGGUGGUGGUGCCGGAGGUGUACAUGGGUGACAUCAUCGCCGAUAUCAACGCGCGCCGCGGCAGGGUCAAGUCGAUGGAAGCCCAUGGCGGGACGCAGAUCAUCAAUGCGCGGGUGCCGCUGUCGGAGAUGUUCGGCUACGCAACGGAACUGCGUUCCCGCACGCAGGGGCGCGCUACCUACACGAUGCAUUUCGAUCGCUAUGAUCAGGUCCCGCCGGCGGUCAGCGAGGAGAUCGUCGCGCGUAUUCAGGGAAGAUAA